AUGACAUUAGAGAAAAGUUUAGAUCAAGAAAAUAACAAAACAGAAAUAGAAAAUACUGCAAGUAAGACUAUACCUAAUGAUAUUAAUGAAGGUAUGAAUAAUAAGGUAGAUAAAAAUGAUGGAAAUGAAAAUGGAAUGAAAAAAAAUGAGGGCGAUCAAAAUAAGGUAGAUAAUAAUAAGGUAGAUAAUAAUAAGGUAGAUAAUAAUAAGGCUGAUCAUGAUAAAGUAGAUAAUAAUAAAGUAGAUAAUAAUAAAGUAGAUAAUAAUAAGGUUGAUAAUAAUAAGGUUGAUAAUAUUAAGGUUGAUAAUAAUAAAGUAGAUAAUAAUAAGGCUGAUAAUAAUAAGGAUGAUAAUAAUAAGGCUGAUAAUAAUAAGGCUGAUAAUAAUAAGGCUGAUAAUAAUAAGGCAAAUAAUAAUAAGAUAAAUAAUAAUAAGAUAAAUAAUAAUAAGGAAGAUAAUAAUAAGUUAGUUAACAAUAAGGGUUUUAAUAAUAAGUAUAAUAAUAAUAAUUUAAAGAAUAAUAGAGAUAACAAUAAGCAUACAAAAAAUAAUCGUGCGGAUUAUAACAAAGUUGAAAAUACACAAACGCAUAUAUCAAAUAAAUUCCAAGGAAAUGAAAAAGGUUAUAAUAUGAAUUAUAUAAGCAAGAGAGAUGCAAAUCAAGUAAAAGGAUAUAAAAAUAAUUAUGAGAAUAAUAGAAGUUUAUCUUAUUUUUAUUCCAAAAAAAACUACAAUGAGCAUUUUAUGCCUGUGAAUAAUGUACCUUUUAAAAAGAAAGGUAGUGAUUUAUCUAAUAAUUCUAAAAAGGAAAGUGGAAAUGAUUAUACAAAUGAUAACCAGAUGAAUAAUAAUAUGAAGAAUAACAACCAAUCAAAUAAUAACAUAAAAAAUAACAACCAAUUAAAUAAUAACAUAAAAAAUAACAACCAAUCAAAUAAUAACAUAAAAAAUAACAACCAAUCAAAUAAUAACACAAAAAAUAACAACCAAUUAAAUAAUAACACAAAAAAUAACAAACAACCAAAUAAUAACACAAAAAAUAACAACCAAAUGAAUAAAAAUUACAAUAAGCAUACCAAAUCAAAUGAACAAGUAGAACAAAGAGAAAAAAAUGCUAAUGUAUCAUUAAAAAAUAAUGAAGAAAAACAAGUAGAAAAUGUGAAAAAUAUAAAUAAGAAUAAUUAUUCAGGUUCUAAAAACGCAUGGAUUAAAAAUGAAGAUACCAAUAAUAUGAAUAGAACAAGUAAGAGUGGUAUUAAUAAUGGUAAUAAGAACAAUAAUAACAAAGAUGAUAAUAAUAAGAAUAAUAGUAAUAAGAAUGAUAAUAAUAAUAAUAAUAAUAAUAAUAAGAAUGAUAUUAAUAAGAAUAAUAGCAAUAAGAAUGAUAAUAAUAAGAAUGAUAAUAAUAAAAAUGUUAAUAACAAUAAUAAUAAUAAUAACAACAACAACAAUAAUAAUAAUAAUAAUAAUAACGAAAUUGUAAAUAAGAAGAAAAAUAAAAAGAAAAAUAAAAAAAAACCAAAUCAAGUUAGCACAAAUGCUUGGACAAAUGACAAAAAUAUUAAUUUAGAACAUAUCAUUAGGAAUAACCAAAAGAAAGGUACUAACCCUAAUUUAGAGAAUGAUCAUCAUAAUGAAAAUGCAAGUAUCACUACGGCCAUUAGUAUUAAUUCGAAUGUAACUCAUAUGCAAACACAAAAAAAUAUAAAAUAUGAAUCAACUAAUCAAAAAGAACAAAGAAAAAGAGUGCAAACAAACUCAAAAGUGAGUACUAAUAUGAAGGAAGAUAACAUGACAAAUAUAGAAAUAAGCGAUUUUAAUAAUGUAAAUAAAAGUUAUUCUACAAAUAAUAAUCCAUCCCCAAAUGACAACUUAAAUAAAGGAAAUGCGAAAAAUAAAAAAAAAGGUAAAAAAAAUAAGAACAACAAUAAUAGUAAUAGUAAUAAUAAUAAUAAUAUUAUGAAUGAAAAUAAGAAAGAUAUAAAUGAAAACAGAGUUAUUAAUAAUAAUAAUAAUAAGGCCACAAAGAAAAAUAACACCAUUAAUAUUAAUAAUAAUAUGACUGAUAAGAAUAAUAAUACAGAAAAUAAUUUUGGAUUUGUCAAUAAUUUAAACGAGAACUUGGAACACAAUUCUAUGAAACUCAUAGGUAAUAAUUAUCCCAUGAAUUUAGAAAAUAACGAAAUGAAAAAAAAAAACAUUACAGCAUCAAAAAAUGUUCCCAAUAAAUUUAAUUAUGAUAUGAUCAAUCAAGGAAAUUUAAAUUACAUGUACAAUCCAUUAAAUUAUUAUAAUAUGAACAAAUAUUAUGAUAUGCCAUUUAUUGAUAAUGUUCCAAAUAAUUUAAAUCUCAUGUAUUUUGACAAUGAUAUGCAGAGAAAUCAUAUGAUGGAAAAUAUGAUCAACUAUCAAGGCAUGUAUAAUAUGAAUAAUGUUUAUAAUGUAAAUAAUAAUAUGGAACAAAAUACCAAUAAUAAUAAUAUGUAUAACCAUAAUUCAUAUGCGAAUUAUAAACCCGAACACUUACCAUUGAAUGUCUACGAAGGAGCACUAGAGAAAAAUAACGAAUGGGGAAAAAAGAAAAUGAAUAAAAAAAACAACAAAAGUGGUAUGAAUCAAAACAAUAAUAUGAACCAACAGAAUGUUAUGAACCAACAGAAUGUUAUGAACCAACAGAAUGUUAUGAACCAACAAAAAGUUAUGAACUACCCCCAUAAUAUGAACCACCCAAAUAAUAUAAGUCAACAAAAUCUAAUAAAUUAUCAACACCCCAUGAAUCAUGCACAGCACAUGAAUCAUCCAGAUAAUAGAAACAAAAUGAAUAACCCUAAUAUGCCUAAUAAUCUAACUGUCAACCUUUCUGUAUCUGAAACAAAACAAGACACCAAAACAAUUCCUAAUAAAGAAAAGAAAAAACUUAUGAAUGAUGAAGGAACAGUACUUCAACCAUUAAAAAAUAAUGUAGAGCACAAUAAGGAGAAUAAUAUAUUAACUUCUAAAAAGAACAACACGAAUGUAAAUAAUAAGAAAAAAUCUAAGAAUAUUCAACAAGCAACCCACAUGAAGCAUCUUCCGAAUGAAGAAGAAAAUGUGAAACAAGGAAAAACAAAUAACAUCAACAAAAACAACAAUAACAACAAUAACAACAAUAACAACAACAAUAAUAAUAAUAAUAAUAAUAAUAAUGUGGAGAGCAUUACAAAAAAUAAAAAUAAUUCACAGUACACUUCAACAAAUGUGGAAAAUGAAAAUUUAAAUAAGAAGGAACAAAAGGGGAAAAUGAACAAAAUGAAAACAAAUACACAACAUUUGAAUAAAGAAGAACAGAACGAAAUGAAUAAUUUUACAAGUAAAAAUAAAAAGGGACCUAAACGUUCUCAACAAAAUCAAAAAGGGCAAUUUAAGAAUUCUAAUAUGAACAACAACGCAUGGAUAAAUAAUCAACAAGGAAAUGAUCAGAAACAUUUAAAUACAAAUGUAGAUAAAGAUAAAAAUAAAGAUUUUGAAGUGAAUCACGAAAUUCAUAAGUUUAUUGAUUAUUGUUUAAAAAAUUAUGGAAAUAGAAAUAUAAUGGAUGUUAUAAAUGAAUUCUCAUCAUCAAAUGGAAUGAAUGAAAAUUUUGAUGAAUUGAAAAAUAUAUUUCAAAUACAAUUAAAUGAAGAAAAUUUUAAUGCACUUGCAGCACUAGAAAAUGAAGCUCAAACAAAUAAAUUUCAUUUUAUAAAUGAAAAGAAUAUGAAUGACACCAUAGAAAAGGAUAUUGAGGAAAUUUUUGAAGAUACAAAUAAGGAUAUAAUUGAGGAAUAUGAUAAGUUUAAAAAAAUGUUAAGUGAGAGCAUGGAUGAAAGUACAAUGAGAAAAAUACAAAUAGAAAAUAAAGAAGUAAAAGAUAAUAAACAAAUAAAAGAAAACAGACAAAUAAAAGAAAACAAACAAAUAAAAGAAAACAAACAGAUAAACGAUAAUAAAGACAACAAUGAAAAGAUUGAACAAAAGAAAGAACAUAUUGAAAACACUACAAAAAAUAUGUUUGAAGAAAAUAACAAAAUUAAUAUAACCAUGCCUCCAGGUUUAAGUUUACCAGAUAUUAAUAGAGCCUUAUUACAUAGUGCUUAUUUAGAUAAUAUAGCAGUUGUAAAAAAAUGUCUUGAAAAGAAAGCAGAUAUUAAUUAUUUUGACAAAAUUGGAAGAAGUGCCUUACAUUAUGCAUGUGCAGGUGGAUAUUAUGAUAUUUGUGAAUUAUUAAUAAAAAAUGGUGCAAAAGUAAAUGUAUCUGACUACAAAAAUUGGACACCUUUACAUAUUGCAAUUACGAAGAUGCAUAAAGAUAUAACUGAAUUGUUAUUAAAAAAUGAUGCAAAUAUACAUGCUUUAUUACCACAUUCUUUAUCACCUAAUAGAGGAAAAACAACCGCUAGUAUGGGUAUCCAUUUUGCAGCUAUUAAAGGUAAUAAAGAAAUAACCAAAUUGUUAUUACAAUAUGGAGCUAAAAUUGAUGAUACAGAUUUAUCUAAUAGAACUGCUCUUCAUUAUGCUGUAUAUAGAAAUAAUUGUGAUUAUGUGAAAUUUUUAAUAUAUGAAGAAAAGGCAAAUGUAAACAUAUUUGAUAUACACAAUAGAUUACCUAUUCAUUCAGCUUGUUUAGGAGGAAUAUUAGAAAAUGUAAAAAUAUUAGUGGAAAAUAAAAGUUAUGUUCACAAAAAAGAUAUAUAUAAUAUGAGUCCAUUAGAUAUAGCACAAAUUAAAAAAUUUAAAGAUAUCAAAAAUUAUUUAACCAAAUGUAUGAAUCAAAACUUUUCUCCUAUUUCUAGUGAUCAUUUAAAAAAAAAUGAUGAAGAUAAAGAAAAGGAAAUAAAAAAUGUUGAUGAUUUUUCAAAUGAAAAGAAUGAAGGCGAACAAAAACAAAAUAUGAAAAAUUAUGAAAAUAUCAAAAAAGAAAAUAAAGAUAUUAUAUUAAAUAUGGAUAAACAACAAACGAAUGAUCUUGAAAUGUUUAAUGAUAAAUUUGAAUUAAAUGAUGAAGGUAAAACAAUGGAUCCUAAAGAAUUUUAUAAUGACAAUCAAAUGAUUAAAGAUAUGUUAACCACAACUAUUAGUACAGUUUUGAAUGAACGAAAUAAAAAUCAAAUAAAACGAGUAGUAGAUGCAUUAGGUGUAUAUAUAUCCUUAAGUUUAUUGGAAAAAACUAUUUUGAUUCAGAAUUAUGGAGGUAUUGAUAUGGUUAAUCAAAAAGGUAAAAGAAGUACUGGUGGUGUUUUCUUCUAUUUAAUCAAAUAUAUGUACAAAAAUGAUAUUAUAUCUAAAUUUAAAUAUGAUUACAUUGUCGAGGAGGAAAAGGAAAAAAAAAAAACAUACAGAAAGUUGAAAAAAAAAUUAUUACAAGAUGAGGAAAAUUUUAAAAACAAUGAUACCGUUCUUACCAAGAAAAAUGAGGAAAAUGGGGGUGUAGAAGACAAACAUAUUGAUGAUCAGAAAGAGGUAAAAGGAAAUAAUGUUGGAACACAUACUACAUUAUUAGGAAAGGGAAAAAAAAAUUUUAAAUUGGUAGGUGAAAGGAAAAAUAAGAACAAGUACAGCAACAAUAGCAAUAAUAAAAAUAAUGAAAAUAAUAAUAAUAAUAAUAAUAAUAAUGAAACUAAUAAUAAUAAUAACAAUAAUAACAAUAAUAACAACAAUAUUAACAAUAAUAAUAAUAAUACCCAGGUGCAUAACAAAAAAAAUGAAAAAAAAUCAGGAUGCAAUAUCAAAGCAAAAGAACAAAAUAAUAUUAAGAACACCAAUAAUAUGAAAAAACAAAAUUUGAAAAAUGAAAUUCAAAAUAAUUAUCAAAUGAUAAUAGAGGAUGAAAAAAAAAACUUUAUAAAAAAUGAUAACAAAGUACCAAAUUAUGAUAAAAUUCUUUUACAAAAUAAUAAUUCUAAUAUGAAUAUAAGUAAUUAUAAUAAUUCUGCUCAAAAUUUUAACAAUGAAUAUUAUAAUCCCGGUAUGGCAAAUAAUAAUAAUUAUUAUUAUAAUAGUAACCAAUAUAACGAACAUAAUUAUAACCAUAAUAACAAUUAUAAUGAUAAUAAUUUUAAUAACAAUAACUACAAUCUUAAUCAUUUUAAUAAUAAUUAUAAUGAAUUUAUAUCACAAAAUCCAGGAAAUGCACAUAUGUUUAAUGGUCAGAAUAAUUACAUCCCAAUAGAACAAUUAGCAGUAAAUAUACCAACGGAUGGAAAAAGUGUGAAGAAAAAAAAUAAAAAAAAAAAAAAUAAUAAAAAUAAUACUCAAGUCAUUGUAGAGAAUAACAAAAAUAAUGAUACUACUUAUAUUUCCAAAGAUAAUGUUGAACCUUCAUUUGUAAAUGUAAUGCAAGAUUCUUAUGGAAACUUCCACAAUGUCCAUGAUAUAGCACAACAGAAGAAACAUUUUUAUCAAAUGAAUACUACACCUACAACUAAUGGUAAUAAUACUAAUAAUAAUACAAAUGGACUUGAAAACUUUAAAUUAAAUAAUAACUAUAACAAAGAAAUGAUGAAUUAUCAGAAUAAUGUUAUGUCAUCUUAUUUAAAUAAUGCAAGAAAUAAUGCAUACGAUUAUAUGUUACGCUCAAAAAACAAUUUUCCGAAUUAUAUGAAUAAUCAAAAUAUGUUCAUGUUAAAUGAUUUAAAUAAAUAUUAUGGAAAUAAUAACCAAAAGUUCCCUUUAAAUAAUAUGGAAUAUAUGUAUUAUAACAAUUAUACUAAAAUGUGA